UUCCCAAUUUUUUAAAUCUCAUAAUGUUUUGUAAACAACAAACUGAGUUUGUGUUUCAUAACCUACUAUAAUCGUUACUUAAACCCACUGAUAAUUAUAAAACAUUGUCGUUAAACCAUACCAAGAUGGCUGCGCCCAGAGGUGAUCGUCCUUCUCUUGUUCCUGUCAACCUCAUGGAAAAGAUUUGUUUCAAAUACAUACCUAUGGCAGGCGGAGCAAGUUAUGGUGCUAUGUGCAUUAAUAUGAUGCAACCAAGUGUUUUUAAAAGCAUUUAUGGUUCCUGGGAGGUCGCAGCAACUCAUGGGUGCUGGUUAAAAGCUCACAUUGGUGUUGGUCUCUACCUGUACAGCAGGAAUGUGAUGAAGCAGGCAGACAUGUACCACAGGAUAGCCUACUCUGUGUUUGGCUCCGUCAUCUUCAACUUCGGUUCUGUGCUGCUGUGGGGAUAUAGCAAGCUCAUUUUGCCUGACAACACUGCUGUAAGGGUAAUAUUCGGACUGAGCACAGCAGUUGCUUUGGUGGCUGUUGGAAUGGAUUACAUCAAAUUUGUGGAUUCCAAAGUUGGAAAUAAACUGGAGUGAUUUUAGUAGAAAAUUAAUCUACCCAGAAGAAAAACACCAGGAAAUGAAAUGAUUGUUAAUUUUUUUGUACUGACUUUGAGGUGUAAGCAUGAAGUUCAGCUUUGUUAUGUAGUUUGUUUAGUCAUGUGUCUCGUUGUGUGAAAAGCAUCAAUUCUUUAGCAUUGGAAGGAUAGGUUUUCUUGCAUUUGACUGUUGAGCAACCUGUGUAAUGGAUUUGAAAAAGAAGGCUCGUUUGAUAAUGGACAUUUGAAAAAGACUAUAAGGAUAACUUACGUGGAAUUUAAUAUCUGCAUGGCUUUUGUGUUAAGUACAAACAUCACAAUUUUUUAUCCUUUUUCUAUCCUUCAUUGUUGGGAACAUGAACAUGGAAUAUCAAGAAAUGUAUUAAUUGAAAUUUCCUUUUAGUGAACUAAGCACUAAUAAAACUAUUAUGUUUUUAUUGCAGUA